UCUGUAUCUCUGAUUCACUUUGAAUAUAUGUCCGUCUCCAAUGUCUUUCCCAAAUGUGACAUUUCCCGUUGCCUUUCCUAGCUCCAACUGGUGUCAUUGGAGAGAAGGUCUUCCUUACGGCUCUUGUAGGGACCGAGGUAAUAAUCCCGUGCCAGCUAACAACAGGCAGCGGGAAGUUCACACAGCUUUCCUGGAUAAAAGACCAUCAGGAGAAGCCCAUCGCUGUGUAUAGCCCGAGGUUUGGGUUUAAUGUCCUAAAUGAAAACUAUUCCGGACGGAUAGAGAUGAGAAACCAAUCUCUCCUGGAUGGAUCAAUCCGAAUAAAAGCGUUGGAAACGCAGGAUGAGGGGAAUUAUACAUGUGACCUCACAACAUUCCCUCAGGGAAAACUGAGAAAAGCAGCCCAUUUAACGAUUCUAGUGGUUCCCACCAACAUAGCGACAUCGGUCCCAGCAAAGGCUGGACUCUCAGAGGUCCCUGUGGCUCAGUGUAUUGCAGCCUUUGGGAACCCAGCAGCAGAUAUCAGCUGGAAAUCCAGUCUCCAUGGGAACCACACCACCGUCCAGACGGCCAACAGCAACGGGACAGUGAAUGUUGACAGCCUGUACAAGAUGAACCCACGUCGUUCAGACAAUGGUCAAACAGUGACCUGUUUUAUCACUCACUCAGCAACAGGCAGCAGCAAUACAUACCGCAUACAACUGGAGAUCCACUAUCCACCAGAGGUGACCAUAACAGGAUAUGAUCAGACCUGGAGUGAAAACAGCCGCAAUGUUACUGUGACAUGUAACGCAGAUGCCAAUCCUCCAGUGACAACGUACACAUGGCGAGGGUUACCAGAAGGAUCAUGCCAACUUUGUGACAAUGCGUUGUCCAUAGAGACAAUGGAAUAG